UCAAUCAUUGGCUAGCGUUUUUAUUUAACUUGAUGGUAUAUAAAUAAAUUGUAUAAUUUUAUUUAUGUUACUGUGAGUGGAAAUAAGUGUGAUAGUUACUUUUACAAUAGGUGAAAUAAUAUGGGUAUAGAAAACAUGCGUCGCUGGCCCAUGUAUUUGAUGUUCGCCGUGUGCAUUCUGCUGGUCCUUUCACUAUUAAAUAGUGGAAGUAUGCUCACCGUGUUGCGAAACAGAGUAGCUGAGAUGAGCGUACAACUUCAAGAAUGCUCUAAACAACAGACCUCAUGCAUGGAAGAGUCCCUACGGCUUCUUGAACAAAAAGACGGUUACGUUUCAAAACUCGACGAUCUCGACAAAGAAAAAGGGAAACUGAUUGACGACAUCAAAGACUAUAAAUAUAAAUUAACAGAGACGGAACUUAAAGUUAAUAGAACGAAAAUAGACGAGCAGCUGUGCGUGGCGGAGCGGGAGUCUUUAAAAAAUCUGCAGCUGAGCAAAGAAGGUGUGAUCCAGACUUUGAGAUUAGAAAAAGUCACUUUAACGGAUCAAUUGGCUGAUAGAAAAAAGAAGAUAGAAGAUUUGGAGAAGCAGGUAGAAAAUUUAAAGGCAACUUUAGCUUCUAUGGCUACAAAGCCAGCUGCGAACAUAGUGUCAUCUAAAGUUACUCCGGCAGCCCAGCCUCCAAAGUUAAGCCCUGCUUUGAACGCUCACGAACCGCUUAAUGAACCUAUCCUUGACAAUGACGCCAAGGAAGACAUUGAUGAUACAAAUGUGUUAAAUGAUGAUCAAGGGUUUGAUCCACAGAUGUAAAUAUUUUUUUAAGGUAAAGGAAUAAUCU